UAUUAUUAUUUUAUCUGUGUUGCUGCUCCAUGAACGGUUGUAAUACAAGUUAUAGAACCUCACCUCACCACACUCAUAGCCACUUCUAUUACGAACACGUUAACGAUGUCUUUUCUCCCCAAACAACACAACAUAACCCUUAAUUCCCUCUCGACACUUCGUCGUUUCGCAACCCUAACGGCUAAAUCCUUCCCCGACGAUCUCACCCCCGCCAAAUACGACGAGCUCGCCGCCGCCGCCGGCAGCUCCGGCGACUUCGAUGCGCUCCGCGACGUCCUCAACAAGCGCGUUCAAGACGGCUUCUUUAACACCAAACGAACCUUCAGCUUCAUCACCAACACCAACUUCUCGCCUUCCCUCAUCGAAAACCUCGUCAAAACCCUUUCUCAACUCAACCACGGAAUCACGCGCUCUAGCGCGCUCAAUUCCCUCGUCACGCGCCUCUGCAAGCUCCGCCGCGUGGACGACGCGCUACGCGUGAUUGACUCUCUUGCGCGUGACGAUAUCUGCUGCCCCAAGGUGAUCACCUUCUACCCCGUCCUCAGCCACCUCACCAGAGAAAAUUCUUUCGACCAGGCGCGGCGCGUGGUUGAUUUCAUGGAUCGGCUCGGCGUGCGGCUCGACUUGACGGCUCAUAACAUGUUCCUCAUGGCGCAUUGCUUCGCCAAGGAUUUGGACGCGGCGGCCGGAGUUUUGAGGAGAAUGGAGGAGGAGGGUUUUGGGGCGGACGCGCGUACAUUCGACGCGCUGGUGAUGGGCGCGUGUAGGGUAGGGAAGGUGGAGGGGGCUAUGGUGUUGCUGAGGAGGAUGGUGGAUGAUGGAGUGCCCAUUUUGUACUCAACACACAUGUAUGUGAUUGGGGCUUUGCUGAAGAUGAAGUGCUAUGAACAUGCAGUGAGGUAUGUGAGGGGUUAUGGUGAGAAGAAGGAUGAGAUGUUGAAUGCUGAGCUUUUUGGGUGUUUGGCUAGCAAGCUUGUGAAUUUGAAGAGGGUUGAAGAUGCAAUGUUAGUUUUGGAGGAAAUGAACCAAAGGAGUUUGCCAAUGGGAUAUAAAUUGAGAAACUUUUAUAAAGAGAAUGUUGGGAGUGAUAAAUGAUAUUAAUAGCAUAUAGGUUAAUUCUAUGAUCCUUUUUUGUUUUGGGUUUAGAAUUGGUGUUAUAUUCAAUGGAAACAUUGAGGUUUGUGGUUUCAAUUAGUGAUUCUAGAUUUUUUAGUAGAUGACCACAAAAUAGUUACUAGAAAAUACGUGGGUAUUAAUGUUAGUUCUAGUGCUGAUUAUUUAUCGGUUAAUGUUUGCGGCUUAAUAUUGAGUAACACUGUGGACAUGAGAAAAAGUUUAUUAAAUUCAUAUUCUUUUUCCAUUAAUGAGCUUUAACUCCUGAAUGUAUGAGCUCUUUAGCUACCAUCGAAUUCACCUUUUGUGUUAAAAUUGUGCCUUUUCUUUGAGUGAGCAGGUGAAUUUUCAUUUUGCUCAGUAAGAAUACGUGAAACUUCAGAGAAAUUUACUUAUUUCAAGAGUUAGAAUGCCAUCUGAUACUGUUAACGAAAGGUUAAAUUUAUUUAUCUGAUUCAGAUGUUAUGACGAAUUUUGUUCUCUUGAUUCACUGGUGUGCUAGCUCAGUUCAAUUUUCCGUACCCUGAGUUGUUAUCUCUUAAACAGGAGAAAGAAAGAAAAUGAAAAAGAUAGGGAAAGGCAAUACCCUUUGUAUUGACUCUGUGUCAUCAUGUUCUCUGAUUUGUCCAAUUUUACAUAUUUUUUUUCACAUCUGUUUCACUUCCCAAUUAAAGAAACAAGCAAUGUCUAAAAAGAUUUCCUUUUCCAUUUCCUCUAGCCCAUCAAAGCUUAUUUGCAUCACAUCCAUCAUGUCGAUGCAUGCAAUUACUUUAUGGAAAGAAUAGAGCACAUGAAGAAAUAUGUGGACACAUUGAGAAUUGUCACACACUUGGUUGAUAAUAGUGAGUGUGUCAAGGCUAAUACCAAUGCAAAAGCAUUAGCACGUGCAUUGGAACAUUUGGAGUCAUGUCAUGAUAUAGAGAAGAGAUUUAAGGUUAUAGGGAAAGGUGGCUUUGGUUUGAGAAGAAUGUUGAAGCAAAAGCUAGAACGUGGUACUGAGUUUGGUGAGAUUGUGUGUGGGUCUAAGGCCGUGGCCUUAGUGUGUUGUAGAUUUCUUGAACUUGGGUUGUCAUUUGAUUCCAAAAGUGGGUUACCCUUUAUGAAGCAGUGUCACUCCGCUAGUUCUUCAUGGUUGAGACUGUUGCAGGAGUUAGCAGAGGAAGUAGAGGGAAGUACUGAGAAGAAGAAAAGGAGAAGUGGGUCUUUGAUGAUGAGUGAGUUGCAUCAAACAGUGAUUGCAGGUAAGGAAUUGAAAGAACAGAUUAAGGGUAAAAGGGAAAAAGAGACGGUUAAAUCUUGUGUUGAGAGGCUUAAGAGAAGCUGUAAGGAAUUGGAGGAUGGGCUUGAUUUUAUAGAGGGGAUGUGAGAUUGAAACCUUGAGCACUUUCAAACUAUUGUUUGAGUUGUUUUAUGCAUAAUUGUUAUGCUUUUUAAAGCUAUGUAGCGGGAUAGAGUCAUAGCUGCAUGUGUUUUGCAUAAUUUCAUACGCCACGAAGAAAGAAAUGACUGGUUAUUCAGCAAUGUUGGAGGGGUGCUGGUGGACGAUGUGAAUACCCAAUUUUAUCUGGUCCUUGUCAAAAAUAAAUUUUAAAAUAAAAAAAUUAAAUAUAAUAAUUUUUUUUAAGAGGUUAAGAAAAUAGAUAAAAAAAUUAAUUUAAAAUUAAAAUUAAAAUUUUUAAUUUUUAAAUGUAAAAUCAGAUUUAGAAAUGAUCAAAUUAGUUGGUAA